AUGCUUGAAUUUAGUUCUAUCAAGAAUUCAGAGGCGAUAUAUAAGUAUGAAACAGUGAAGAGGAUAUUGUAUCACAAAGAAGCUUCAACUGUGGGCAUCCCUGAAAUAACUUUAGCUAUGAAGAGCUCAGAGGAGAAAACUUUUUUCCUGAGGAUUUAUCCAGAACCUGCUCUGACUUUAGAGGCUGCAAAUGGAAAAUCUGCCAUGAAAUAUGGAGAACCUUGUGAAAAAUGGCCAAAUUUAAUGAAAGAAAUUCUUGAUCCACAAGGGUCGUUCCUUCCAAUGUGGAACAAGUUAUUUAUAAUAUCAUGUGUUUUUGCAGUCUCACUGGAUCCUUUGUUCUUUUACAUUCCUAUCAUCCAUGAAGAUCGCAAGUGCCUUGGAUUGGACCAAAAUUUGAAGAAAGCUGCUCUUAUUUUACGAUCAAUCACCGACCUAUCUUAUAUAGUGCACAUUAUUUUUAAAAUUAGAACACUAGUUAAAGAAGUUGACACAUCUGGGGCCUCUGAGGCAUCCAAAGUAGUUUCUUCAAAAGGAAAGAAACUAGUUAAGGAUGGUUUGGUUAUAGCAAAGAAGAUUUGGCGAUCCUGCAUCCUGAUUGACAUUUUAUCUGUUCUUCCCCUUCCUCAGGUUGUAAUUUUAAUUCUCUUUUCGAAAAUGAGGGUCUCGAGGUCUUUGGAUUCAAGGAAGUUCCUGAGCUCUCUUGUUUUGUUGCAAUAUGUUCCCCGGGUUCUUUGCAUCUACCUAUCGUGUAAGAAGCUUAACAAGAAUCCUAGCGUGGAGACUGGAAUAUGGGUUAAAGGUUUAUUCAAUUUCUUUCUCUAUAUCCUUGCUAGUCAUGUACUCGGAGCCUUUUGGUACUUUUUUUCUAUUCAACGAGAAACAGCUUGCUGGCAGCACGCUUGUGGAAGAGAUGGAUGUGAACCUGGUACUUUUUAUUGUAAUGGCGAUACAUCUAGAGACGUAACAUCUAGAGUAACAUUUCUGAAUAAAUUUUGCCCUGUAAACCCACCAAAUGCAACAACAUUUGAUUUUGGUAUAUUUCUUGAGGCCAUUCAGUCUGAUGUGUUGUUGGGGUCAAAGGAUUAUCUAGAUAAGUUCUUGAAUUGUUUCUGGUGGGGUUUACGGAAUCUAAGUUCUCUUGGUCAAAAUCUCCAGACCAGUACCUAUGCAUGGGAAAACCUCUUUGCGGUGUCUAUUUCUAUAAUUGGCUUGCUACUAUUCUUAUAUCUCAUUGGAAAUUUACAGACCUAUAUGCAGUUGUCAACUACAAGAUCAGAGAAGCUUAGACGGAAGAUGAAAAUGAAAGAUCUCGAUAUAGAAUUAUGGUUAUCUAAAAAUGGCCUCCCGAAGGAAAUGAAGACGGUGAUCAUGGAAAACUUACUACGAAAGCUUGAAGAAAACAAAGAUGUUCAUGUGGAGAAUAUGCUCUCUAUUCUUCCUUUGGAACAUAAAAACAAUAUCAAGUACCAUCUCUGCUUGGCUAUCCUAAAGAAAGUGCCAAUGCUUCAAACGGUGGAUGAACAAGUGUUGAAAGUAAUCUGUGAGAAUCUUAAGCCAGUCAUGUAUACUGAGGACAUCCAUAUUAUUCGAGAAGGGGAACCACUUGAUAAGAUGCUCUUCAUCACGCAAGGCAUUGUAUGGGACUACACAUCUAGUACGAGUAGUGGUUCUCCCUCAAGCACUCGUCUUCUUGGGAAAAAUGAUUUCUAUGGGGAAGAACUUUUAGAUUGGGCAUCAAAGUUUACCUCCUUUUCCGACUUACCCAUCUCGACCAGAAUUGUCAAGUCUCACACAAAAGUAGAAGCAUUUGCUCUCAUGGCCAACGACUUGAAGACCGUUGUCUCUAAGUUUUGGUGGCAUUUCAACAAGGAGAUGCGAAACUCUCAAGAGGAGUUAUUGGCAGCAACUUCCAUUCAAGCGACAUGGCGUCAUGGCCAAGCAAAGGGGGGGUCAGCUGUGAAUCCUCCCCCGUUAAUCCACGAAGGUGGGAAAUCAGAAAGUUUUAGUACCCCGUUCUAG